CAGAUUGUUCAAGGUUGCCUUCUUCGCCAAGCAUUUGGACUGUUCCAUGCAGUUAUCCUUGCAGAUCAGAUGCAGUCUUCCAAUAAAAAAUGGGUCCUGGAGGUUUUGCACCCAUUAACAGAGAAGGGACAUCCCUCUGCUUGCCACAAGUUUACCAUGAACAGGUUAGACUGUUACAAGCCUAGCCCAUUGCAAUACAGCCAGGAUUGCCAAACUUUUUAA